AACCCUCAACCCCCACCCCCCCCAAUCUUCUUCUAAACUUGGACUUACCUACCUAGAAUAUGGAAAUGUAAACAAGAAAGUGGAUAUCCGUCAAUAAAUUAGGCCAAUCGAUAUACUACACAUGUGUUUUAUUCUUUGCCUUACUACAAUUACCUGCUACUACCCCCGCGAGUUGUAUGUUGUUAAUUUUUUCAAUUUUUUCUUCUGGUGAAUAAGAAUCCAUUAAAAGGCGCGGUUUAUAGCUUUAUUACUAAAGCGAGUGCAUUUGAAAUUUAUCCGUGCGUCGCGGUAGUCGCGUGCUACUUAUAGCCGACUUAUAGUUCCUUAUAAAGACCAAACGAGUGACUACAACUUUUCCGGUGCUACUCGUAGAAAAGUGUUCUUUUUUAAUAAAAAAUAUUCGCGCUUUAAAUUGAUUUUAGACGAAUUUUUAAAUCAUGAUAAGCUACGAGGCCCGAUAUCAAUUUGUUUAUUUUGUACUAUCGGGGAUUGUUGCUGGUAUUAUAAUUGCUUUGGUGUAUAUUUCAAUUCAGGAUACAACUAAUGAACAUCGAGCAGAAGAAGUGAUGAAAAUUCAACAGACUUUGACGUUCCUCAAACCAAAGAAAGAAUGGAAUUAUAAUAAUACUUGGCAAUUUAUUGGAGACCCCUACUACCGGCAACAGGUGUACUCCGCUUAUUUUGAUCCAAGAACAGAACUUUAUAAUCCGAGUGACUUUGAUUCGAAUUACAUUUAUUAUGGAUCGAUUAGAGUGUUUGCUGUUUUGCCUUUACGAUUGCAAGCUCCAAUUAUUUGUUCCAUUAAAUACGAAGAUACUUUCAUCAAACAGGUUAAAGCUUACGAGGCCUUUCCCAUGAACGAGCACGAAAACAUGAAGUUUUCCGGCUACACCAUCAUGUGUCCACUCCGACUCCGACGAGGAGCGGCCAUCGUCAAUCUUCCCGAGUCCGUUGCCAUAAUCUACACGGCAAAUCCGCUCAGCGAAGAAGUGCCAACAUAUGUGUCAAUCAGUUAUUCGAAGGAAAAUGUCCUCGCCAAGCCGAACAAAACGCUCGCCGUCUGCGUGGGUCCCCUGCAACAGCGCUACAGCCAGGUCCUGCGGCUGGUCGAGUUCAUUGAGAUCUACCGCCUGCUGGGUGCCGACAAAUUCUAUUUCUUCCGGUUGGAUGUGAGCCCUGAAAUCGACAAGGUCCUCGGCUACUACGAACGGGCUAAGAUGGCCGAAGUGCACGAGUGGAACUUCUACGGCUAUCAGUUCGAGGUGGAAGUCCAUUAUGCCGGCAUCAUGGUUGAGCUUAACGAGUGCGUGUAUCGGGCGACAUUUGUCGAUGGCUACCGUUAUGUGGCGGUGGUGGACCUGGACGAAAUCCUGGUGCCAUUGAAGUGCAACACUCUGCUGGAUUACCUGCGGGGUGCUGAGGAUGGACGAACAAGUGCGUUUGUCUUCAGGAAUGUGUUCUUCUUCAAGAAGGGCCCCAACGACACUAUGAGUAUGCCUCGUGGGGUGCAAAAUCGAUUUCUCUACACCCAGGUUAAGGUGAAACGAACAUUCCUGCCCCUGCCGCCGCAUGUGAGGAGCAAGUGCAUUGUAAAUGGCAGGACCACCAUCGAGAUGGGUAAUCAUCGGGUGUGGCGUCAGUUGGAGGGCAUCUCCGAGACAAAUGUGCACAUUAAGGAGGGACUGAUGUUUCAUUAUCGUGAGAAGUGCACCGGGUGUCGGGCAGACCCAUUGAUUGUGGACUUUACUGCACGCCGGUUUGGUUCGAUUAUAUGGGAUCAGGUUGAUGAGGUGUGCGAGAAGGUUUUUCAAAAUGGGAUCUGUCCAAUGGAUUGAUGAUAGUUGUUUUUAUUGUUGUAGUUGUUUUUAGUUUUCUUUACUAUUAAAUCGAAUGGAAGCGCAGAGGUGAAGCAGAUAGAUGGGACUUUUGUAAGCUUAAUGCAUAUUUAUAUACACAGGACAUAUUGAGACGGAGAAAAUGCAAAUAUUAAAUGGAAAUUUAUUUUUACAUUAACUUAUAUACCUUACCUACAUUAGCGUUGUAAUAAAAUUUUAUACUGUAAAAUAUUGAAA